AUGGCAUUCGGUUUUCUGGCAAGAGCGCGCAAUGCGAUCAUGAAGAGGUUGCCGUACAUCAUUGUGAUCAUAAAGCCCCGGCCUGAGCUGUCGGAAGCUGUAUGUGGUCAUCAGGCCACUCCCAUCGUCUACAAGACCGUAACAUACGAUGUCGGGACUAUUCGACCCGUUGCUACAGUUAUUCUCCAUCACCAACUCUGCCGAGUCCCGACGCGACGAUGCAGACUGGCAAUGCAUCCUUCCUCGCAAGGAUAAUCGGGCAUAUAAUGCGAAGGUCCACGAAGAGCUCUUUAGGAUGGCCCUUGCCCCGGUUGACCUCAUGCGCCGGCUGCAGAGAGAACAGGAAAUCACGGAAGCGUUUGAUUUUUAUGAGAACAAUGAUGAUGGGAUGAGCUGGAUGGAAGAAGACGCGCGAGCGCAGCAUGCUGCAAUUGAGUUUGUGUCGGUGAGCGAUGCAGUAUCUGCGACGAAUGCGGUCUUUAACCAACGCUCGUAGAAUUGGGAGAACGUCGACUCCUACGACCCAUGGUCUGCAGAGUGGCAGCGCGACUAUCGCGAGGGGAUGUACAACGCCGGGCGAAGCAACUCUCACUGGGCUUCUGACCGUCGGUUCUCCUCGUCCUCGUCCUCCUCCGAGUUCUGGCUAUUCCCUCCGGACAGUCCUUGACGU